AUGGCAACUUCCACAUGCACGGUUGAGCUGCAGCCGCUGCAGGUCCCUGCACCGACGAAGCAGACAAGCCCUGUCGACGACGGCGUGACCCGUCCGGAGUGCUAUGCUGGCGACGGCCAGAGACUGGUGGAUGAGUGCGCUUCGCCAGACGAUGCUCCGCCAGGUGCCGUCUCGGCUCUGCAGCGAUGGAACCACCCCCGCGAAAACAUGUACCGGCUUGCGGCGUGUUUUUGGUGCUUCCUGGUGAUGGGCGCCAAUGAUGCUGCCUAUGGACCUCUUCUUCAAUCUCUCAUCAGCUACUACGGCCUGACCUACACCGUCGUCUCGCUCGUCUUCCUCUCCCCCUUUGUCGGCUACGUCGCCUCAGCGCUGCUCAACAACUACCUGCACCUCAAGGCUGGCCAGCGCGGCGUCGCCAUCCUGGGCGGCGUGAGCCACGUCCUCGCGUACAUCAUCAUCGCGACGCACCCGCCCUUUGUCGGGCUCGUGUUCGCCUUUAUGCUCGCGGGCUUUGGCAACGGCAUCAACGACGCUGCGUGGAACGCAUGGCUGGGCAAUCUCGACAGGUCCAGCGAGCUGCUCGGCUUCCUGCACGCCUUUUACGGCGUCGGCGGCGUUAUUGCCCCGUUCAUCUCGACGGCCAUGAUCACCAAGGGCGGCCUGCCCUGGUACACAUUCUACUAUCUCAUGAUUGGUAUCGCUGGGGUCGAAUUGGUCUCCCUGACGGCAGCGUUCUGGAAGUCCACCGGGGCCGUCUACCGCGCCGCAUACAGAGAGUCCCAGCAGUCGCAGACCAAGAAAGAGACUGGCCUCGGCGAAGCUCUGUUCAAAAAGCCAGCCGCGCGCGUCUCGUGGGUCUCUGCGCUCUUUCUGCUCUGCUAUGUCGGCGUUGAAGUUGCCCUCGGAGGCUGGAUCGUGACCUUCAUGAGCAAAGUUCGCAAACAAGACGACUUUUCCAGCGGAAUGUCGGCAGCUGGUUUCUGGCUUGGCAUUACGUUUGGCCGCGCUAUCCUGGGCUUUGUAAGUCCCAGGAUCGGUGUCAAGCUGGCCAUGUCGAUAUACAUUUGCUGUGCUGCCGCUCUGGAGCUCGUCUUCUGGCUCGUGCCGCAGUUCAUCGUCUCUGCAGUCGCGGUAUCACUGCAGGGUUUCUUCCUUGGUCCCAUGUUUCCAGGCGUUGUUCUAGUCGCCGGUAAGCUGCUUCCCAAGCACCAGCAUGUCGUGGUGAUUGGGUUUGCCGCAGCAUUCGGUGGAUGUGGCGCUGCGAUUUUGCCGUUUGUGACAGGUCUGCUAGUGCAGGGCUCGGGUCCGACUGUGCUGCAACCGAUUAUUCUUGCACUGCUGGUGGCGAUGCUGGUUAUUUGGCUGCUCCUGCCGCGGAUCGAUAAGAAGCGCGAUUGA